AUGGACUAUAGAAUGAUGGCAAGGCUCCGGCCAGAUGAGCCCAACUUUCAACCCUUCUUCUUUUUCGAUCCGUCCCUCGAUCCCCCGCGCUGGCGCCCCGUCUCUCCCCCAAAACACAACGCGCCUCACCCACCAGCCGGAGUUCCAACCGACAAGAUCCACCUCCUUUCGUGGAACAUCGACUUCACCACUCCACUUGCGGAGGAACGCAUGACAGCAGCCUUAAAAUACCUCGGCGACCUCCAAGCCGAGCACGAGAAAAGCGACGGUUCUCCGACGGUGAUCUUCUUCCAGGAGAUGGUUGCGUCGGACCUCCACCUCAUCAACGAAACGCCCUGGGUCCGGGAGAAAUUCUACAUGACUGAUCUUUCCGGGGGUCACUGGCGGUCAUACUACGGGACAACAACACUCAUCGACCGGCGUCUCUCCCCCGAGCGUGUUUUCAGAGUCCCGUACAAACUCUCCGCGAUGCAGCGCGACGCUCUUUUUGUCGAUGUCAAGGUAGAAGAUUCUGUAAUACGGCUUUGCAACACACACCUAGAGAGUCUUGCGAGUGGAGUCAGCAGACGGCCGGUCCAGCUCAAGCUCGCGUCGACGUUCAUGCACGGGACGAAUGGCAGCAGCAAUGACAACACCGGGCCUAGCAAGGACGCCAUCUCCCUCCCUACCCCGCAGGCGGCAAUUCUAGCCGGCGACCUGAACGCGUUUGCACCUGAAGAUGCUGUCGCGCCCGGCGAAUGCAAUCUGGAAGACGCAUAUCUCGCUGUUGGUGGGACGGAGGGCGCCGAGGAGGGCUUCACAUGGGGGUAUCAGAGCCCGAGCGAAUUUGCGCCGAGCCGUAUGGACAAGGUGUUGUUCUCUGGUCGGAUUGAGCCUCUGGCGUUCCGCUUGAUGGGGAAGGGGUUGAAGAUAAGGGUGGACGUGCGGAAUUCCGACGAGGAGGAAAAUGACCCUGCUGACGAUCCGUUUGAGGAUAUCUGGGUCACGGAUCAUUUUGGCCUGGUUGCGGAUUUUAGGAUCGAGCCGCGAGAGGGCAACUAG